UCAUUCAUGGGUCCCUUCUUCUUCCUCCUUCUCUGCCUAUUGGCUUCAAGGUCUGCCUCUGAAAGUGACACUGUGGUGGUGGUGACCAGCAGUGGCCCAGUUAAAGGCAAGCAAGUCCCGGCUGGCUCUGGCUCUGUGACGGCCUAUCUGGGCAUCCCCUAUGCUGAGCCCCCUUUGGGGAAACUGCGUCUCCAGAAGCCCCGCCCACAUCAGCCAUGGAGCCAUCUCUUGGAGGCCACCUCCUAUGGCAACUCUUGUAUCCCGGAAUAUAAUUAUAGCUUCCCUGAUACUAGGACUGCAUCUUUCUCAACAUCUGGGUGCCCCAUCCACGACCCUCGAUGCCUGUUCCUGUCCUGGUUUGGCGGUGAUCCAGCUUUGUUGACUCUCUUUGGCAACAGUGCUGGAGGAGCCUCGGUGGGUUACCAUCUGCUGUCACCAGCAAGCCAACCCCUUUUUGCCCAUGCUGUGCUUCAGAGUGGAGCUCCCAAUGCCCACUGGGCUUGGAAAGAUCCUGAAGAUGCCAAGUCGGAUGCCCUAAUUAUAGGCACCAAGUUGGGGUGUACUGAACAAAAUCAGAGUUCCUUGGUGAGCUGCCUACAGGGGAACAAUAUUGGGGACAAGGAGUUGUACAGGCUGAGUACCCUCUUCUCGGUGACAACGGAUGGAGAGUUCCUCCUCGAUGAACCCUUGAAGCUUCUGCAGAGUGGAGCUGUUCAAUCUAAGCCUGUUCUCACUGGUGUCACCCAUGAUGAAGGAACUGUCUUUGUGUUAGCGUCAUUUCCUAAAACCAAAUCAGAUGAUGUCAUACUAACCUUGAAUGAUAUUAUUGUUGGGUUAAAUUCAACAGUUUGUGAAGACACUGUCAAGGCUAUAGCUGUUCGGUAUAGUGAGGGUGCACCUGCACCGAAAUCAUACCAUCACAUUUUGGCUGAAUAUUUUAAAGACGUCUCAUUUGUUUGUCCUUGUACUCAAUUUGCUUCCAAGAUGGCUGAAGCUGGGAGUCCUGUGUAUGUUUAUUCCUUCAAGCUCUACACGCCUCGCGCUGAGUGGCCUAAGUGGAUGGGGACAACCCAUGGAGAUGAGCUGCCUUACCUGUUUGGAACCCCGGCAACCGUGCUGGGAACAGACCAAACAGACGUUGAUGUUGCACUGAUCCACAAAGUGAUGAGAUACUGGGCAGAGUUUGCCAGGAGUCGGACAGGCAUGAACUGUUCUUCGCAUAACUGUUCUGUUCCCUGUUGUGGCAUUUCUGGUAUUUCUGAGCUUUUAGAUGUGUUUUGUCCAUUGGAGUAG